CAGAGAGGAGAAUGCUAUAAUUGGGGACCCAGGGGGCCGUCACACAAGACAAGGAUUUACCACAUCACCUGAAUGAGAGAGCCUCUGGGUCACAUGAGCCGGCAGCCUCCACGCUCAGUGUGCUUCAGUGUUUCCAUCGCUGCUUGGGGGAAUGACUGCAUGUGCUCGCUGCGAUACUGUUGGCCUGAAUAUUUGCAAGCUAAUGCAAUAGAUAAUCACUGUCGAAAAAUGUUUGAAUGCCUGAGUGGAGCUUUGGCAUGCUGCUGCUGCAGCUCUUGAAAAUGGAGAAAUUGGUCGAUUCUUAUUUUUCUGCUGUUCCUUUCAAGUACAAGGAUGCCUGAUAGCAGCGAGGAGUGAACAGGCAAAUGAGGGAUCGUAGAAACAGGAUGGAGAAUGAGGCUAUUCACCUGGAAAAAAAACAUGUUCAUAGCGUAUAUGAGAAAACUGCCCCUUACCUCAGUGACCUUCGUUGCAAAGCCUGGCCACGUGUACGUCAGUUCCUUCUCGAACAAGAGCCAGGGAGCCUUAUCGCAGAUAUAGGUUGUGGAACUGGAAAAUAUCUCGAUGUGAAUGGUCAGAUUUACAAUCUGGGAUGUGAUUACUGUAGCCCCUUGGCAGAAGUGGCAAGAAAGAAUGGACAUGAAGUCCUUGUUUGUGAUAAUCUCUGUCUUCCCUUCAGGGACCAGAUCUUCAAUGCUGUUAUUUCUAUUGGAGUGAUCCAUCAUUUUUCAAUGAAGGAAAGAAGAAUUCGUGCCAUAAGAGAAAUGGCGAGAACAAUGGUCCCCGGAGGCUUGAUUAUGAUUUAUGUUUGGGCACUGGAGCAAAAACACAGGAGGUUUGAAAAGCAAGAUGUAUUUGUUCCAUGGAACAAGGCUUUAUGUUCAAGAAACAAUUCAACAUCAAGUGAGAAUUCAAACAAACACAGUCCGGGUUACAUAGACCUCAAUCCAAUGCUGUACUCCAAAGACUAUAGAAUGGAUGACAAUUUGAGACAAGAGAACACAGCCAAGCGUUCCUACAGUGCAGGGAACUAUGUGUCAGUUGGAAGAUGCUGCCUCAAAAUUCCAGAAGAACAUGAAAAUAAAUUUUAUAGCAGUUUUGGGAAAUCCUUAAGAUCAUGGUUUUUCUCAAAAUCAUUUGAUGAAUCAAGCCUGAAAAAACAUAUGGAAAGGGUCAGGCCCUUAAAAAAUUCAGAUGGCUGGGUAGAGAAUACUGUUCUAGUUCAGCCAUCAAGACAUUGCAGUAUAGAUUUAGGUCAUACUGGGUCUUUACUUAAUGGGCAGGUUUAUGAAGAUGAUGAUGUUUUUGUAGAGACAACAAAUAAGGAGGAAUCCCUCUCAAUUAAAAAUGAGCAAUACAUGCCCACCAUUUUGGGUGCAAACAAUUUAAAUUCUGUUAGCAAUCGAAUAUUCUUGAGAACCUCAACAUUAGAUUCCACUGAUUCUUUUCUUGAUGCAAUAAAUGCUGAUGCUGAACCUUUGGUAAACACCAAAGACUUUAUGCGCUAUUACCAUGUUUUCAGGGAUGGGGAACUAUCACAGUUAAUAGAGGAGAAUGUGGCGGAACUAAGCAUUGUCUCCUCAUGUUUUGACCAUGGUAACUGGUGUGUAAUUGCAAGAAAGAUAACAUAGCAUUGGUGUGUCAUGCAUUAUAAUGCAGGGCUAUUCAACUAGUGGGUCAUGAAUCCACCAAAUGAUACACUGCCAGGUAAGAAAUAUUCACCCUUUAAGUAAAAUGCAAUAAUUUUUUUUAAAACAGAAGAUUCCAGCUACAAAGCAUGGCCAUUUUGUGUUAAAUCCUUUCUUUAAUUUCUUCUCAAUGUCAGUGUGUAAGUUUAGAAAGUGAUAUCCUCUUACCAUAAAAGUUCAUUUUCAAAAUAAUAACAAGCCUUGGCCCAUUGGCUUACUUCAUGGGUCAGUUAUAGUGUACUUGAGAUAGUACCGUCCUAGCAUUUAUAUUUUUGCCAUAAAUAUUCUGGCGAGGCCAUGCUGACCUAGAACUGAACGACACUAUCAGAAGGGGCGGAGCCAUCCUGAAAAGCCAUGCAGAGUGGGUGUGGUUUGUGAAUGAGAGAGAGAGAAAUGAUCAAGAAUUUAAAGAGCAUAACCUACAACACACACUCUUCUGCUUAAAUCCAUUGGCCAGGCAAGGAAUGGCAAGGAUACUGCCAUGUAUCGGCUCAUUUGGAAAAAGGCAGUACAGAUGGUGUUGCUUCUGAUCCCAAGUGAUUUGUGUGGGGCAUAGCCAGUGGCAUAAAUAUGCGGUAAGGAAACAUGGCAGAAAACAGAUCAUGGGAGCCACAUGGAAGGAGCUGUGGGAGAGCGGAGUGGUGGCUGAGCUGAGUUAGGAGAUCUUCUCCAAUAAGUCUCAUGUGAGGGAUCAGGGAAGAAACACUGCAUUUCACAAUGUAUUAGGCUACCAGCAUCACUGAAAAUAAAGUUUCAGCCAAAAAAGGCCAUUAAACAAUCACACCAAAGGAAGAUCGAUAUUUUAUCAUACAGUUAAACCGACAAAGGACAGUAUUAAAAGAAAUUUCAGCAACAGUAUCAAAUACUUAAUGCUGAAAUCAGAAACUCAAAUGAAUAUUUAUUAAUUUCCAAUAGGGAAAGUGCUGAAUUGUAUUGUACAUCGGUAAUCAACUUGAUUCUCAAUAAUGAUUACGACUUCUGUAAAAUAGUGAGAUGUACAAUUGUGUCAAAAAAAAAUCAGCCAAUCAGUUGCUUAAAAAGGGUAAUAGCUUUCAAGCUGCAUGGCAGAGCCGACAAGUUGAUGCUGCACCUGCACACGCAUGAGUAAAGGCAUGCAUCGAACACAGCAGGUUUGAACAGCCUGCUCCAACAACCUGGAACACAAAAACAACUUCACAUACUUCAAAAGGAAAUAUUUUUCUAGAUAAGAAGUUGUCUGUUGUCAAAUUAGAAAAAUUUGAUUAUACUGACUACGAGCAGUUUGCUGUAAGCAUUUUAACAAAACCGUUAAAUUAUGAGGCAAGUUUUCAACUAUUUAGGUUUUACAUAACAGCACCAUUUUCCUGUAGUUGGGGGGAAGUGCCCCACUUACCCUUAAACCAGAAAUCCCACUGCAUCCUAUUACUGUAUCAGGAUUGCACUAUGUAGAACACUGCUAGGAAAGGAUGGUCCUCAGGACUAAGUAUUAUUGCAAUUAAUGACAGAAGGAGAUCAAGUUUAAAUAAUCCACAGAUAGUCCUGCUGUGGUCUGAUGUUUAUUGUUUGCUGAGCAUCUGGUAUCUUGUUAGCAAUGGUGCAUUGGUAAUUCAUGACAUGCUGCUAUGCAUUCCCCAAAAUUGAAACUGUCAGUGCACAGAAAAAAAGGUGUGGAACUAUUUGUUAAACUCAUGAGAAAUUAUUAGAAACACCACAUGAACUUACAAUAUCAAGUUUACUAUAUCAAGCUAUAUUUCACACUGAGUGUUGCCACAUGGACUGCAUGAUUGUUAGCUGAAAAUAUUCAUUUCGGGGCUUAUGAAAAGGCCUUGAAAUCCUGAUAUCAGUAUCACACACUGUAAAACAUCACCAGAAAAUGAUUAAAUCAGGAACUUAAUACACAAUCAAUAAUAGUAAUAAUAAUUCUUAACAUUUAUAUAGUGCUUAUCUCACUACUCAUAGUAACUGGGGAGCCACUUCCAUCACCAAUGUGUAGAAUCCACCUGGAUGAUGUGAUGGCAGACAUUUUUGCACCAGUCCGCUCACCACACAUGAGCUAUCAGAGGAUGAUGGAGUGAAAGAGAUAGACAAUUAGAGAUAGGGGAUGAUUAUCGGGUCAGAUUGAUUAGGCCAUAGAGUGCAGUUUAGCCUGGACAGCGGGAUGCACCCUGCUCUUUAAGAAGGAUGUCCAGGGAUCAAAUAGAUAGAUAGAUAGAUAGAUACUUUAUUAAUCCCAAGGGCAAAUUUACAUACUCCAGCAGCAGC